UGCGAAGGGGGCAUACGCCGCACUGGACGAGGACAGCCGACGACGCAGUGGAUAGCGAGUGGAUAGCCGUUGGCUGUCCGUACAUCACCGACGAAAAUCACGCGUCGGGCGCCUGUCUUCCAGCAAGGUGCCAGUGGCCGUGUCCGGCGGCCGCGGUGGCCACCAUGAGCGAGCGGCCGGUGGUCGGCAAUGCGGCUCACGGCGGCCGCAAGCCCUGCUCGCGCAUCCGCUUCUACAACCUCGGCUACUUCUUCUCUCUCAGCGGACUCAUGGCUCUCUGCGAAAUAAUCCUGGGAAUGGCUAUUUAUGCGCUGCUCUGGGACUCGGCCAACGAACUGGACAAGUUCCUCGUGACCGUGGCCUUCCUGCAGUGGAUGACCGGCCUCUACAUACACGCCACGAUCGCUUUCUGCGCAACGGGCGCCCGGAUACGCGGCCUGCUGCUGUACUUGCUGCACCAUGGCGUCGGAGCCAUCUUGUACCUGGGCGGCGCUGUUACAACCUUGGUCAGCUCCAUGUACACGCAGACCGAUGACAUCAUUCGAACGGCAAGUGUGAACGCGACAGGUGAAGCGGCCCCCCGUCGCUUUAACGAGCGCCGCUUACUCUUCCAGAGCCUCGCCCUGGGUGCAUCGGCGCUGCAUCUCAUUCAGGCCACCCGGUACCUGCUCAAACACAAGCCCGGAGGGGACAGCGCUGACGCAGCUGAUGAAGUCACUUGCGGCUUCGUGGUCGAGACGCGCAUCGCCAAAUUCAAGUCGAGGCCUCCACCCAUACCACCCGUGCCAGUGCGCAUCGACUCAUCAGCCCUGCAAACGCGCCGGGACUCUACCGCUGUGGCUUCUGUGGCCGCCCGCAGGGAGUCCACGGCCGUACCCUCGCGGAGAGAGUCCAGCGUCGCCUAUCCAGAAUACCUGUAACCCCCCCCCCCCCCUUCCCUCCUUCACGCCCUUUCACUGGAAGUGCCUUAUCAACGGACUUGGCAUAUCCGCAUGCACAAAUCGACGCCUCAACACGAACUGAGUGGCAUACCACAUAUAUAGCCACUGCAAGGGUCACUCGGUGACCGUGCUUGUUCCUCCGGACGCUGGCAGUCUUAUGGGGCUCCAGAGGCUUCGAGCACAUCACUAGUUCUUUUUCAUUUUUUAAGACUUCGUCUCGAGGGAGACCUUGUGGGAAUCAUGGGAAAGUACAUAACACCUUUACGGUCUGACUUGGGCUUUCAGAAAGAGGCAAACGUACACAAUACACGUCAUAUGCUGGCAAAGGUAUUCCGUGGCAGUAGCUUUGCAAUGUCCAGCAGAAAAGUUAGGAUAUGUCAGAUUCAAGAAUCACAAAUUCAGCAUGCAGACCAACGACCAUGAAAGUCACCGCUUAUGUGAACUCUGCACACCACUAAAAUAGGUCUGAAUUGAACACCGUUGUAGGCAGCGUCAGACUGUAGCCUUCGGCAUUGCCACAGUAUUUGAAAACAGAGUUCAAAAGCUGCAAAGAGCAUGGUGCUCAUCUAUUCUUUAAUAAAGCAGCAAGGUAGACAGGUGGGCCAGUUAGUUGGAUAGUUUUUUUAAAGAAAAGCUUUCAAGUCUAUUGUUGGUACACAUGCUCACGGAAGUGCGCCCAUUUAGUGCGCAAGAACUCGUAAACAAGCUUCUUGUGCGACAACCGUGUUCACUGUGCACUAUAUAGGUGAUAUUUUACGUCGGAAUUUUUUCCCUUUGCCGUGCUUGCUCAUUUUUACCCUCACACAAAAGUAUCAGCCAACACGGCAAUGCGGCCACCAAAAUAUUUCUUUCACGUCAUUUUCUUUUUCUUGGCUUUAAUUCUCUGCCCACUACGGCGUGCUUUAUAAUCAGAUCGUGGUUUUGGAACGUGAAACCCAUCGAAUUUUAAUUUUCUCUGCUUCUUUUUUCGCUUCCAAAUACUUCAUUACCUUUUUCGUUAUGUCUAGAGCAGCAAGGCCAUCGCAUUGUAGGCACAUUAAUUUCCCCACUGUUUUUUUUUUUUUUUUUUCAUUUGGAGUCAACCUCUGUCAAUCUGAGAUGGGUAUGUUACUCUAACGACUUAAAAAGCAAUAUAUGAGUUUGGCGAAGUGUAUGAGUCAGCUGUCGCAAUGUGACGAGCUGAAUAAAAAAUUCUA